UCAGCUUUGGCUCUAACUAUUGUCUCUUAUCAUUAUUGUGGCUUAUCUAGCUGCGUGUUCUUCACUGCCCAAUCUGGUUCUGUAGUUCCUACUCCGAAAAUUAUCAGCUUUCUUUCAAUCUCACUUCGAACUGUUGUUUCUUAAAACCAAAGACCCAUUUGGCAAAACAAAGUUAAAAUUCUCAGAUGGCUUCAGUCGUAGCUAAGUUGCAUCCUCCUCCGCAAGCCAUCAGUGGAAGACAGUCAUUUUUUGGAACUGUUCAGACAUCUAUUCUUUCUAUCCCCAGGACAAGACAAAGUCAUCUGGCCAUCACAGCAAAGGCUACGAGUGAUAGUUCUGAAUCCUCAAGUGUUGUUCAAUCAGUAAAGAAUAUUUGGGACAAGCCUGAAGACCGUGUUGCUGUAAUUGGGUUGGGAAUUGCUGCUAUUGUUGGUUUCUGGGCUUCUUCAAAUCUUAUUGCGGCAAUCGACCACCUGCCCUUCAUUCCAAGUGUGUUUGAAUUCGUUGGGAUAUUGUUUUCUUCUUGGUUCGUAUACAGAUACCUCUUAUUCAAGCCCGACAGGAAAGAAUUGUUUCAAGCUAUCAAUAAAUCAAUAUCAGAUAUCUUGGGCCAGUGAUCUGAAGAUAGUUAGAUGAUAUAAUUCAUGUUGUACUUUAUGUAUCCAAGCAUUACAAAAAUGCUGAAUCAUUUUACGGGUGAAAUGAUAUGCUCAAAUGAGCAACUUGCACUUGAAAAAAGCAGCAGGCAAGUCGGAAUCAGUCUCACUGAUCAAAUUAUGUAAUUGCAGCUCAAUAAGCAACCUAUUUUUUAAUUGACUGCGACAUCUUACAUCUAUAAUUUGUUAAUAUACCUUUUGGCAA